AUGAGUACAGGCAAGUUAUGGUCUCAGGACCGUGUCAUGUCGGUAGGUGAGUCAUCACCACCGCUACUGAGCCCACUACAGACUGGUCAGAAUGACAUUGCGCCUAUUUAUAAGUUUGUGCUAACGGGUGGUCCAUGCGCUGGCAAGACCACGUCGCUCGACCGUUUGUCAACGUUUUUUCGAGAUCGUGGCUUCCGAGUGUAUGUUGUUCCAGAAGCCUCAACGCUAUUGCAGACAGGUGGCGCUUUUUUCUUAGAUCUCAAGGAAAAAGACAUUCUCAAUUUUCAAUGGCAGAUUCUGAAUUUACAAAUAUCGCUGGAAGAUUCAUUCUAUUCUCUAGCACAGGAUAGUGGCAAGCCGUGUGUAAUAUUGUGUGAUCGAGGAGUGAUGGAUGGCUCGGCUUAUAUGACACCGGAACAGUGGGAAGAGCUCAAGCUCCAACACGAUCUAGACACUGUCACGUUACGAGACACCCGCUAUAUUGCUAUUUUUCACCUGGUGACUGCUGCCGACGGUGCUGAGAAGUUUUAUUCGCUGGAAAAUAAUGGUAUUCGCAUUGAAUCCAUUGAACAGGCUAAGGUAAUUGAUGCACGUACCUGUCAUGCCUGGAUUGGCCAUCCGAAACUCUACGUGUUUGACAACUCGACGACUUUUGAGGGCAAGAUGCAACGUCUUGUCGACACAGCGGCCGGACUAUGUGGUAUUCCCACAACGGUGAGGGCAUCCCGAAAGUACCUGCUUGCUAAUACGCCAGUUGCGAUUCCGUUUCACCACGAGGACUUUGAGGUGGAAAAGGUGUAUCUAAAGCCUGAAGCAGCUAAGACAAGCAAGGACUAUUCUUUCGUGCGAUGCCGUUCUCAGUAUGGUAUUCCCGCCUACGGCAUGACCACCGUUCGCUAUCUCAACACUGGUGAUGCAGUGCAUCUCAAGCGCGUUCUCAGUGCGCGUGAGUAUUCGUACGCUGUAAAACAUCGGCGUGACCCGACGCGCAAUGUGAUCAAGCAGCAACGGAUGUGCUUUCUGUACAAGAAUCAAUCGUUUCAGAUCCACGUUUACAAAGAGCCUGCAGAUGUUGCAGCUCUUACUGUGCUGCACGUGCAGGCAUCCUGCGAAAACGACCAGGACAUUGUCAUGCCGUCGUUUCUGAAAAUCGAGAAGGAGUUGCCGACUUUGGACGAGACCAUGUCAGCUUAUAACGUGUCGAAGAAAAAUCUCGUGGUUGGGGUCGAAAGGAAGGAGUUGGCGGAGGUGUAG